GUAAAAGUUUAGUGAGACUUCGUCUUGACACAGCUUCAGCGCGUCUCCGUUAUCGAGAGCAGGUGACACCACAUUUACUCUCUCUCUCUCUAGCAUCAAAGUUAUUUUCCCUAUAAUAGUCCGAGCAUUAGCUAAUGGCAGAGAAAAGUUGUGGAGUAUUGUCAUCUUGCUCUACAUGUUAUUAGGUGAAAUCACAUUAAAAUGAUGAAGUAUGAUAGUUUUUGGAAAGAUUAUCCUGCUUUUGAUUGAAAUUUGGUUUAGGUAGGUGCUAUCUUGUCCUUCAGAGGCGUGCUUAAAAGAUAUCUGUACAUUUUACUUAUUUAUGUUUCAGUGUUUUUAGCUGCUCACUUUCAUCGAUUACUUUCAUCAAUUCAUUCAUUCAUUCACUCAUCACAGAUGAUGUUUUACAGACAAACACAUGUGGCCCCGCCCCGAUCUACACCGAGGAGCGAGCCAAUGUAAUUCGCGACCAGACUGACUACACAGUGAAGAUAACCAUGGAGAUGGCGAAAUCUGAGAAUCCGCCUCGUCCUGUUCGAGUUUAUGCAGAUGGCAUUUAUGACAUGUUUCAUUCCGGCCAUGCCCGGCAGUUGAUGCAGGCCAAAAAUGUCUUCCCCAACGUUUACUUGAUUGUGGGAGUUUGUAGCGAUGCAUUGACACUGAAAAACAAAGGCCGCACAGUGAUGAAGGAAGCGGAGAGGUACGAGGCCAUCCGCCACUGUCGCUAUGUUGAUGAAGUAAUCACAGAGGCGCCAUGGACGAUAACGGAUGAAUAUCUGCAAAAACACAAGAUUGACUUUGUCGCUCAUGAUGACUUGCCAUAUGGAGCUGGAAAUAGUAAAGACAUUUACCAUGAGCUGAAAGAGAAAGGGAUGUUUGUCCCCACAAAACGUACGGAGGGGAUAUCAACAACAGACAUCAUUGCCAGGAUCAUUAAAGACUAUGACAUGUAUAUACGAAGGAACCUGUCCCGGGGCUACACUGCUAAGGAGCUCAACGUCAGCUUUAUGAGGGAAAAGCGAAUUCAGUUUGAACAGAAAUAUGACAAAUUAAAGGGCAAAGGAAAUGAAUUGCGUCAUGGCUUUGUGAACAAAGGGAAAGAACUCAUACACAAGUGGGAAGAAAAUUCCAGAGAGCUCAUUGGCAACUUCUUGGAUCUGUUUGGUCGUGAUGGCAGAAUU